GCAACAUCUCCGGCUUUGCCAGGCUGCUGUAGCGAGAGCGAUAUGUCAGAGAUCAUGAAGGAUAAAGCCACCCACUUGGCCAAGAACAGAGGCAGCAUAUCUUCUUUGGGAAGCCAUGAAAUCAGAGCAAAAGAGUUCUUUGGAAGAAACAAAGACUCUAUAAGUACAGUGUCAUAUAUGGAUGAAACUGGCCACCAUGAGGAUAGUCUGCGUCCAGCUAUUCAGAUGGAGAACACAUACCAAUUAGGUCCUACAAAGUAUUUUCCAGUCACAGCUGUGAAUAAUAUCUUGAAGGAUGUAGUAAUAAGUUAUCUACAGGAAGAACAAUAUGAAGCAGAGUUGUGCAGGCAAAUGACAAAAACUAUAUCUGAGGUAAUAAAAGCUCGGAUAAAAGACCUGAUGAUACCAAGAUAUAAAAUUAUUGUGAUUAUAUAUAUUGGACAGCUACAUAAACAAAGCAUGCAGAUUGGAAGCAGGUGCCUUUGGGACACUACAAGUGAUACCUUUUCUUCAUACUCCUUUAAAAAUAGAUCACUGUUUGCUCUUGCAAAUGUCUAUGCACUUUAUUCUGAAUGACGAUGUGAAAAAUGUGAGCUGAAAAACAAAUUAGAUCCUAUUUUUGAAUUACAGUCCUGUGCACAUUUACAUGAUUGUAGGUUGCACUAAUGAAUCAAUGUGCAUGAAAUUCUAUGUUUGCUAAACAGUCUAUUAUUGUGGACAAAAAUAUUAAUAAUCACUUUUUGAGAUGCCAGUGUUGUAAGUCCAACUACUGGCGUAGAACUAUACUAUCUGGUCUGGAAUACAGUGGUGCUUAAAAGUAUGCGAUCCUUUUGAUUUUUCAA